UUCGGGUGAAAUAGCUCAUGAGAUCGGUUUAACUCCACGCGAUUUGCUCGGUCAUCGAUGUCCCCGCGUUGUGUGCGUGUUGCCCGGGUUGCUUCAUCAUAUGACACGUAACUUAGCUUAGCUAGCGUCAACUUUUGCUGUGUGGCUAACACUUCCAGUCAACGUUGGUCCGGUGGGGUUUGUGUGCGCACGCUUCAGGGUGUCGUUGGGUCUAUCUGUGUUAGCUAGACUUUGGUGUGUGACAGCAACUGAAACAGCUGAGGGAAAGGGACAACUUUCAGCAAAUCCUCACUAAGAGCUCCGUGUAAUCCCACUCGUGUUGUAACUCCAGUGAAGUGUUAGCCAGCCACAGGUAAUGUGGGAUGAGACGCAGCAGCUCUGAACACAUAUGAGACCACUGUCCUGCAGAUGAGCCAUCGGUGGGGGCUUUCAAGUCGCUGUCGCAGACCCAGAUAGUUGCUGGCGGCAGCGGCAUUGCCCCCCAACUCCCCAUUAUGCCCAACAGCAGUCGGGCGGGGAGCCUGAAGGACCCCGAUAUAGCUGAACUCUUCUACAAGGAGGACCCAGAAAAGCUCUUCACGGAUCUGCGUGAGAUCGGACAUGGCAGCUUUGGUGCUGUAUAUUUCGCACGAGAUUCGCGGACAAAUGAGGUGGUGGCCAUCAAGAAGAUGUCCUAUAGUGGAAAGCAGUCCAGUGAGAAAUGGCAAGACAUAAUAAAGGAGGUGAAAUUUCUGCAGAGCAUACAACACCCAAACAGCAUAGAGUACAAAGGAUGUUACCUGCGAGAGCACACAGCCUGGCUGGUUAUGGAGUAUUGUCUAGGCUCUGCCUCAGAUUUGUUGGAAGUUCACAAGAAACCUCUGCAAGAAGUUGAAAUAGCUGCAAUUACCCAUGGUGCUCUUCAAGGGUUGGCUUAUCUUCACUCCCAUAACUUGAUCCACCGAGAUAUCAAAGCAGGAAACAUCUUGCUGACAGAGCCAGGGCAGGUUAAACUGGCAGAUUUUGGUUCUGCCUCCAUUGCCUGUCCUGCCAACUCCUUUGUGGGGACUCCAUAUUGGAUGGCCCCAGAAGUCAUUCUAGCUAUGGACGAGGGUCAGUAUGAUGGAAAGGUGGACAUUUGGUCUUUGGGAAUAACCUGCAUUGAAUUAGCUGAGAGGAAACCUCCACUGUUCAACAUGAAUGCAAUGAGUGCCUUAUACCAUAUAGCACAGAAUGAGAGCCCCAUGCUGCUGUCUAGUGAAUGGACGGAAUAUUUCCGAAACUUUGUAGACUCUUGCCUUCAGAAAUUUCCCCAGGAUAGGCCCAACUCUGAGGAGCUAUUAAAGCAUGCAUUUGUCCAGCGUGAACGACCAGAAUCAGUUCUAAUAGACCUGAUUAAUCGGACAAAGGAUGCAGUGCGGGAGCUGGACAAUCUGCAGUAUCGUAAAAUGAAGAAGAUCUUGUUCCAGGAAGCCCAUAAUGGCCCAACAACUGAGGCACAAGAUGAAGAGGAGGAACCAGAACACAAUGUGGGUAGGACAGGUACAGUGAACAGUGUUGGGAGCAACCAAUCAAUCCCCAGUAUGUCAAUCAGUGCCAGUUCCCAGAGCAGCUCCGUCAACAGUCUAACAGAUGCAGGCGAUGACAAAAGUGAGGUGGACAUGGAGGGAGACCACACAGUCAUGUCCAACAGCUCAGUCAUACACCUCAAACCGGAAGAAGAGACGAAUAAUCAAGAGUCUGAACCUCACACCCGGCCAACUGAGCAACAGUCGCCACCUGCACAAACUCCACGGCCAAAACGAAACCGCGAGCACUUUGCCACAAUACGUACAGCCUCAGUGCUCACUCGCCAGAUUAAAGAGCACGAGCAGGAUUCUGAGUUAAGGGAGCAGAUAUUGGGCUACAAGCGCAUGAGGCGGCAGCACCAGAAGCAGCUGAUGGCUCUGGAAAACAAGCUAAAUGCUGAGAUGGAUGAGCACAGACUCCGACUGGACAAGGAGCUGGAGAAUCAGAGGAACAGCUUUGCCCAGGAGAUGGAGAAACUUAUCAAGAAGCACCAGGCAUCGAUGGAGAAAGAUGCAAAAACUGUUAGCAAUGAUGAAAAGAAGUUCCAACAGCAUAUUCAGAGUCAGCAGAAGAAAGAACUCAACAGCUUCCUUGAAUCCCAAAAACGGGAAUACAAACUUCGCAAGGAGCAGCUGAAGGAGGAGCUGAAUGAAAACCAGUCAACACCCAAAAAAGAAAAACAGGAGUGGCUGUCCAAGCAGAAAGAAAACUUCCAACACUUCCAAGCAGAGGAGGAGGCCAAUUUACAGCGCAGACAGAGACAGUACCUUGACCUGGAGUGCCGCAGGUUCAAAAGGAGGAUCUUGAUUGCUCGCCACAAUGUUGAACAGGACUUAGUACGAGAGGAACUAAACAAGCGUCAGACCCAGAAGGACUUGGAACAUGCCAUGCUUCUCCGCCACCAUGAGUCCAUGCAAGAGCUGGAGUUCCGCCAGCUCAACACCAUCCAAAAGACGAGGGCUGAGCUGAUCCGGCUGCAGCACCAGACAGAACUCCACAAUCAGCAGGAGUACAACAAGAGAAGGGAGAGGGAACUUCGACGCAAACAUGUCAUGGAGGUUCGCCAGCAGCCCAAGAGCCUCAAGUCCAAAGAGCUACAGAUCAAGAAGCAGUUCCAGGACACCUGUAAGAUCCAGACCAGACAGUACAAAGCACUAAGGAACCAUCUGUUGGAGAACACACCAAAGUCAGAUCACAAGGCCGUCCUUAAACGGCUAAAGCAGGAGCAGCACCGCAAACUCGCCAUCUUGGCAGAGCAGUAUGACCACUCCAUCAAUGAGAUGCUCUCAACUCAGGCGCUUCGUCUGGAUGAGACUCAGGAGGCUCAGUGCCAAGCCCUUCGAAUGCAGCUACAGCAGGAGCUGGAGCUUCUCAACGCCUACCAGAGCAAAAUCAAGAUGCAGACAGACGCCCAGCAUGAGCGUGAGAGGAAGGACCUGGAGCAGAGGGUGUCACUCAGGAGGGCCCUGCUGGAACAGAAGAUUGAGGAGGAGAUGAUGUCCUUGCAGAAUGAACGCUUGGAGCGAAUCCGGAGCUUGCUGGAACGUCAAGCCCGAGAAAUUGAGGCUUUUGACUCAGAGAGUAUGCGCCUGGGCUUCAGCAAUAUGGUGCUAUCAAACAUCUCCCCUGAGGCCCUCAGCAAUAGCUUUCCUGGAGCUUCAGGCAGCUGGAGUCAUCAUCAUCAGCAGUACCACCAAUCUGGGAGCUCUCAAGGGCCACACUGGGGCAGUGGCAGUUCAGGCGCAGGGUCAAGCCACCAAGGCAGCCUUCACCACUAUCACUCCAGUCCAGGAGGGGCAUCUAUGCAGCAGGGCUGGGGGCAGGGAGGUGGGGGUCCAUCACCGUGGGGCCACCCGUCAGCAGGAGUCCUGGUGUCCCGCAGCAGUGGAGGUGUACAGAACAGCCCCCAAGCAAUGGGGAGGACACCCUCAGGAGCGCGCAGUGAGCAGGGCAUGAGCAGGAGUACCAGUGUCACGUCUCAAAUAUCUAACGGGUCACACCUCUCCUACACAUAGAUCCCCCCCUCUGCUGUGGAGUCAGCAAUGAGUGUGGAGAAGUAGAAUCCAACAAACGCAGCAUGGUGCUUAGCUCCGCUGCUCUGUCUCUCUCUGUGACACCCCUCCAUUUCUCCCAUGUACAGAUGUGGAUGUGUGAUUAAAUAAAUGUUGCUCAGGUCAAAAGGGCUGGAAAAGGCACAGCCCGUCCACACGGCAGUUUAUCGGCACACAUACAGAUCCUUAAAUUUUAUGUUAUAUAAGCAGUUUGAGUGUCAACACAUACUACUCCCAUUUUGUUUUUAUUUACAGCUCUCUCCUAUGGAAUUUAUGGAAUAUGUGUUGUGCUAUUAACAGCCAUUGCUCUCAUUUUGCACAUGAAACACUGUUAAAAAGUCUUUGACAUGUGUUGACUAUGUCCUUAGAUGUGUGGUAUCAAACAAUCACAGUUUUGUUUUGUACCUCCCUCCUUGAAAUACCCAAUCAUAUUAAUUUAUACACUGGCCGAUCCUCUGAUGCUGACUGCAGCAAACAUUGCUUUGUGUUUUUUGGUGUUGCUGUUGUGAUACAAGCCUGCUGUAAUGGUCAUUGUGAUAAGUUAGAUUACUCCUUUUUAUUCCGUAAUUCACUUGAUAUCCUGAUCAUUAGCCAAACUGAGACUUAACAAAUUUAGCCACAAAAACUAUUCUUAACUGUGUCACGCGUAUUGUACACUAUUACAGUGCCUUUUUAAACCAUUGAUUUGAAUUGGUCACAGAUUUUUAUAGUUUAAUACUUAGAAUUUCAUCAACCAUUUGUAGUCAGUCAGUGCCAGUGUUUGUUUUAGUUGUUCUGUUUUAAGUGAUAAGUUAAGUCCAGAGGUCCCAGAUACUUUUGCCAGGUUCUCGUGGUCACUGUGGAUGCAGUGGAGUUGGUUUAAGUCUUCUACAUUUUUGAGAAAAUUAUCUGUGCAUAUCAGUAACUGUAAUGUGGGUGAACUUGGACACCCCUGCAUUAAAGAGAAUGUGGUCGUACAUGUUGAGUAAUUGUGGGGGGGGGGGGG